AAAUAGCUAGGUCAUUCCCCUUGCUUAACAUAGUGAGUUUCAUACAUUGGUCAUUUUUCUUUGUUAUAUCAUACAGAGAAAGUAGAGAACUUGAAAAUGAUGUCAAUCCUAGCACGCAGAGGCUUCAAGCAUACACUGGACAGAGCAACUCGUAUGAUAGAUGGUUCACCUUCACUUGUUCAAGGAAAAACAAAUUUUAAGAAGAUGAUCUCAAGUACAUCAGCAUUAGGCUCCAAUUUCCAUAAAGGUCAAGAAGCAGUAACUGAAUUGACAAAUGCUGGUCAAGAAAGUGUGAUCAAUGCAUCACUUACAUAUCUCAAAGAAAAAGCUAAGCUUAAGGCAGAAAUUGCAAAGACUCUUCUGAAUGGUGCUACAGCAACUUCAACUCUUCUUGGAGUACCUUUAGGACACAAUGCAUCAUAUCAUGAAGGCGCAGCAUUUGCGCCUCCUCGCAUUAGGGAGGCCAUUUGGGAUGAUAGCACAAACUCAACAACCGAAGAAGGCAAGGAUUUAAUUGACCCGCGUAUAUUAGCGGAUGCGGGUGAUAUCCCUGUCCAAGAUAUGCGAAAUUUAGGAGUCAGUGAAGAGAAAAUAAUGAAGUUCAUCAGUGAUUCUGUCAAGAUAGUGAUGGAUAAUCCUCCAUUGCGUCCAUUAGUUUUGGGAGGUGAUCACUCAAUAUCAUAUCCUGUUGUUAGAGCUGUUUCUGAGAAGCUUGGAGGAAAAGUUGAUAUUCUUCAUUUUGAUGCACAUCCUGAUCUCUAUGAAAAUUUUGAAGAUAACCAUUAUUCACAUGCUUCACCCUUUGCUCGAAUCAUGGAGGGUAAAUAUGCCAAUCGACUAGUGCAGGUUGGUAUACGAUCAAUAACGGCCGAAGGAAGAGCACAAGGCAAAAAAUAUGGGGUAGAGAUACACGAAAUGAAAAAUUUCGCAAAAGAACGCGACUAUUUAGAGAACUUGAAACUCGGUACUGGUGAAGGUGUGAAAGGUGUAUAUGUAUCAAUAGAUUUAGAUUCUCUUGAUCCAGGCUAUGCUCCAGGAGUGUCUCACAUUGAAUCUGGAGGUCUUUCUCUAAGAGACGUUCUAAACAUUCUUCACAACCUCGAAGGUAACAUUGUUGGUGGAGAUGUUGUUGAAUACAAUCCACAACGUGAUGCUAUCAAUAACAUGACUGCACUUGUAGCUGCUAAGUUGGUCAGAGAAUUGGCUGCAAAGAUGUCCAAAUGAUGAAUCAAGUGGUUAUCCUGCUGUUGAGAUUUAGUUUUUAUUACUAAGUUUUAUUUGAAGCAUUAAUAAAAGAUUAGUGUGUACAUGUGCUUUAGGCUUUACCUAGUCUAAGUCAGUGCACAUUAAUGUUUGUACCUUUGUUUUUAAUUUGCUUGUGUUGAGUUUAUGGCUAAAUAAAGAAAAAAUGUUUGUCAAUGUUUUGUGUUAAUCAACUUUGGUUUUAUGAAGAAUUACUAGGAAUGGAGUGUGUUUUAGAGAGGAGAGUUGGAGCAUGGAUGAUUUGCUUUGGAGGAUCAAAACCUUGGUUUGGAGAUGGACUUUUUGUACAAUUUAACAAAGAGCCUUUGCUUUUUUUGUCGUAAUUGUAAUUGGUGCGUAAUCUCUUUUGU